AAUGGUUGAGAUCUCCACCCGACCUGAUAAUUAUCCUCCGCAAACCGGUACACCGUAAUCUCUUCACUCUCUCGCACCAAACCCUCAUCCCUUCCGCCGGAGCCUCACCUCCUCCUCGUUCUCGUCAAUGGCGACCCUGUAGCAGCAGCAGGCAAACCUCCUCUUCUUCGACGUCGAAGUACACCGUAGCCGGGAAUUUAAUCGACGGCUGAACUCUCCAUUGAGACCGAGCUGAAGAAUGUACUCGUUAACUGUGAAACCCUCGUUUACACUGCACUCCUGCAGUUCGUCUUCGUCUUCUUCUUCACCUCAACCGUCGAUGUGGCCGAAACUCUCCCCAUCAUCGAUUAGCUUCCGGAGAAAGGGAAGGACUUGUAGUGGUUACAGUAGCGGGAGGCUCGGUUUGAGAGUGUCGGCCUACAAUUCUUCCAAGAGCGACAGCUCCAGCUCCCCCUCCAACGACAAUGGCGGUGACUCCAAAGCCCCGAAUGGCACCCUGUCGAAGAGUAGGAAAGACAUUCUUCUGGAGUAUGUCAAGAAUGUGCAGCCGGAGUUCAUGGAGCUCUUCGUCAAAAGGGCUCCGCAGCAGGUUGUUGAUGCUAUGCGACAGACUGUGACAAACAUGAUUGGAACAUUACCUCCCCAAUUUUUUGCUAUUACAGUUACCACGGUUGCGGAAAAUCUUGCCCAACUCAUGUACAGUGUUCUGAUGACGGGAUAUAUGUUUAGGAAUGCCCAAUAUCGACUAGAACUGCAACAGAGUCUGGAUCAGGUUGCUCUCCCUGACAAACAAGAGAAAAAGGAUGCCCCAGGUUAUGCACCAGGAACUCAGAAAAAGGUGUCAGGUGAAGUCAUUAGGUGGAACAAUGUCUCUGGUGCAGAGAAAAUAGAUGCUUUUAAGUACAUCGAGUUGCUUGAAGCAGAAAUUGAGGAAUUGAAUCGACAAAUUGGUAGAACUGCCAAUGGACAAAAUGACUUGUUGGAGUAUCUUAAAUCCCUUGAACCCCAAAACCUGAAGGAAUUGACUAGUAGUGCCGGAGAGGAUGCUAUACUUGCAAUGAACACAUUUAUAAAGCGUCUUCUUGCUGUUUCCGAUCCUGAUCAAAUGAAGACAACUGUGACGGAGACGAGUGCACCUGAACUUGCGAAGCUCUUGUAUUGGCUGAUGGUGGUUGGGUACAGCAUUCGCAACAUUGAAGUUCGUUUUGACAUGGAAAGGGUGCUUGGUACCACUCUGAAGCUUGCCGAGCUGCCUCCAGGUGAAGCCAUUUAAUUAAUUUAGCACGUAUAGAGAAAAUAGCAGAGCAGAGUGCAGACCACUACUUGGUAAUGGCAAAGCUGGUGCAAGAGAGGUGAUCAGGAGGUCAGAGCUCUUGCAUUGCAAUAAGUAGGGCGGAGCGGGCUCAGGCUAUAUAGGAUGACUACAACUAGUUGCUGGUGCUGUUGCACUAGAUAUGGCUCUGAAGCUUUGCCUAAUUGUUGACAAUUAGAUCAGAUUUACACUCAAAAUAUUGUUUAAUUGAUAAGAAAUCCUUUAUCAAGUCUUUAUGUUUAUUAUCCCGGGAUUCCAAUUAUCAACUGUAAAAAGAACCUCCUUAGAUGUUGAGAUCUUAAGAUGCAUCUCAAACAUUCUAAUGCCAGAAGAGAACAAAAAUUGGCUUCUUUAUUUAAACA